CGCAGUGUUACAAUGAGCUUCUCCAUCCCACCGGCUGAUACCCACCCACACUGCCGUCCUCCGAUAAGCAGCAUCAAAACCGUCCACCACCCUGACCACCACCGCCUGGCCCCAGGAUGCCCGGGGGAAAGAGAGGGCUUGUGGCACCGCAGAAUACUUUUUUGGAAAACAUUGUCCGGCGCUCAAGUGAGACCAGCUUCCUCCUGGGGAACGCCCAGAUCGUGGAGUGGCCUGUAGUCUACAGUAAUGACGGGUUCUGCAAGCUCUCAGGGUUCCACAGGGCUGAGGUUAUGCAAAAGAGCAGCACUUGCAGUUUUAUGUAUGGAGAGCUGACGGACAAGAAGACAAUAGACAAAGUCAGAGAGACCUUUGAUAAUUAUGAGUCCAACUGCUUUGAGGUCCUGUUAUACAGGAAGAACAGGGCGCCAGUGUGGUUCUAUAUGCAGGUGGCCCCCAUCAGGAAUGAGAAUGACAAAGUGGUUCUCUUCCUGUGCACCUUCAAAGACAUCACUGUCUUCAAGCAGCCCAUCGAGGACGAGUCCACUAAGGGUAAGGACGAGUCCACUUCGGGGUGGACCAAGUUUGCACGGCUGACCCGGGCACUGACACAUAAUAACCGCAACACCAGCCACCAUACCACACCACAGCAGCUCACUCCUAUGAGCAGCCAUGAGGUCAGCCAACCCAAGCAAUCCCGUCUGGCAGAGGUUCUCCAGCUAGGUUCAGACAUCCUCCCACAGUACAAACAGGAGGCUCCUAAGACUCCCCCCCACAUCAUCCUCCACUACUGCACCUUCAAGACCACCUGGGACUGGGUCAUCCUCGUCCUCACCUUCUACACGGCCAUCAUGGUGCCCUACAACGUGUCCUUCAAGACCAAGCAGAACAACAUUGUGUGGCUGGUGCUGGACAGUGUGGUGGAUGUCAUCUUCCUGGUGGACAUCGUACUCAACUUCCACACCACCUUCGUGGGGCCAGGUGGGGAGGUCAUCUCAGACCCCAAGCUGAUCAGGAUGAACUACCUGAAGACCUGGUUCGUCAUUGACCUGCUGUCCUGCCUGCCCUAUGACAUAAUCAAUGCCUUUGAGAACGUGGAUGAGGGUAUUAGCAGUCUGUUCAGCUCUCUGAAGGUGGUGCGCCUGCUGCGUCUGGGCCGGGUGGCCCGUAAACUGGACCACUAUCUGGAGUAUGGAGCAGCUGUACUGGUCCUACUGGUGUGUGUGUUUGGCCUGGUGGCCCACUGGCUGGCCUGCAUCUGGUACAGCAUUGGCGACUACGAGGUCAUUGAUGAGGUCACCAACGCCAUCAAGACGGACAGCUGGCUCUACCAGUUAGCCAUCAACCUCGGCUCGCCAUAUUGCUACAAUGCCAGCGGCUCAGGCCAAUGGGAGGGUGGCCCCGGGAAAGACUCUCUGUACAUCACGUCUCUUUACUUCACCAUGACCAGCCUGACCACCAUCGGGUUCGGAAACAUCGCCCCCACCACGGAUGGAGAGAAGAUCUUCUCUGUGGCCAUGAUGAUGGUGGGCUCUCUCCUGUACGCCACCAUCUUUGGAAAUGUGACCACCAUCUUCCAGCAGAUGUACGCCAACACCAACCGCUACCACGAGAUGCUGAACAACGUGAGGGACUUCCUCAAGCUCUACCAGGUGCCCAAUGGACUGAGUGAGAGGGUGAUGGACUACAUCGUCUCUACAUGGUCCAUGUCCAAGGGCAUCGACACUGAGAAGGUGCUGUCUAUCUGUCCUAAGGACAUGCGGGCGGACAUCUGUGUCCACCUGAAUCGGAAGGUGUUCAAUGAACACCCUGCGUUCCGCCUGGCCAGUGACGGCUGCCUGCGCUCUCUAGCCGGGGAGUUCCAGACCAUCCACUGUGCCCCCGGGGACCUCAUCUUCCACGCUGGGGAGAGCGUUGACACACUCUGCUUUGUGGUGUCAGGGUCACUGGAGGUCAUUCAGGACGAUGAGGUCAUCGCUAUUCUAGGUAAAGGAGAUGUGUUUGGAGAUGUGUUCUGGAAAGAGACCACUCUUGCACACGCGUGUGCUAACGUGCGGGCGCUGACGUACUGCGACCUGCAUGUCAUCAAGAGAGAGGCACUGCUCAAGGUUCUGGAGUUCUACACAGCCUUCGCUAACUCCUUCUCACGCAACCUCAUCCUCACCUGCAACCUACGCAAGCGGGUGAUUUUUCGUAAGAUCAGUGACGUGAAGAAGGAGGAGGAGGAGCGCCAGCGCCAGAAGAACGAGGUUCAGCUGACCAUCCCCCAGGACCAUCCGGUCAGGAAGCUCUUCCAGAAGUUCAAGCAGCAGAAGGAGCUGCAGAGGAAUCAGGGGGCAUCCUCCCAACUGGACCUGGAGAAGAACCAGCUCCAAGUGGAGCACCACCUGCACCCCAUUCCGCACAGCCUGCAGCUCAGCAGUGUGCUCACCGUGUCUCAGGUCACCCCCAUGCAGUCUAGCCCUGCCGUGGGGGAGCCGCCUCCAGUCCAGCUCAAGGUGAGCAGCAGCCCUGCUCUGGUAAAGCCUCCUGCUGCCAGGGGUUGGGGGCGACUCAAAAACGUGGCUGCCCCACCUCCCGUGGUCAGGAAGGAGGGACUAAACAAUGUAGCUAAAGCCGUUUCUGUGGAGAUGCUAUCACAGAAGGGCAGGGGUCAGGAGGCGGGGCUUAGAGGAGGAGAGGGAGAGGACAACCCCCUCCAUAAGACAGACUCCUGUGACAGCGGCAUCACUAAGAGUGAGCUGCGUAUAGACAGGGCCGGGGAGGCCCCCCUGCCACACCCGUUCGGCCCCAUCCCAGAGCAGGCCCUGCAGGCUGCGCUGCAGGAGACCCGGCUGGAGCUCCGGGGGGACCUCCAGACUCUGGGGGGCCGGCUGGGGGCCCUGGAGAAACAGGUGGCUCAGAUCCUCAAACUGCUGACCUCUACAGAGAAGAGGAGGCCGUCUCUACCUCUGGCCGCCACCCCCAAAACCAAAACCAAACGUCAGGACAUCUUUACUGUCUCCAGACCCGUUUCUCCUGACUCAGUGGACGAUGACGGGCACAUCUGAAGAGGACAUAACACCACUGUUCGACAUACCUUAACAUUUGCACACAAACUUUUAACUCAUGUCCAUCAUGAGACCUUUCUUGAUUGUAAAUACUUCUCUAUGCAUGUCCAGCUGGAUUCUGGCUUGCCAAAGAAACUAUCAGUCUAUUCAGGGGCGCAACUUUGGUUUUAGAAGUGGGGGGGACAUCACCUGGCGGUGGGUCUGGGGGUCCCUCAGAAUUGUUUGGGGCAUCUAAAGCUCAUUUCCUGCAUUUC